AUGAAGAAGCUUUACAUUUUGUUCGAGUGUUCAGCUGGUUAUUUUCUUUUAAAGAUCGAAGAAUGGGAACAAAUAGGAAACACUGAAGAGCUUGAGAAGAAAAUAUUGAAGAGUGAUAUAUUUCAUCAGAUGGUUGAGUUUUGUGCAUUUAUUCCUUUUGAGACUGCCGAGAGGGCUUUAGAUAAUUUAUUAAAUAUAAAUGAAGGGAAAGCAACUACUUUUUUGUUAUCUUUUUUGGAACAGAAUUUACCUAAUAAUAAGAAUAAAUAUGAAUUAGGUGUUGCAGAUAUAAAUUUAGGAAAAUAUUUAUCUAAUGUAGGUUUUAAUAUAAUUCAUAAUAAUAAUGUUUUGGAAUUAUUUCGUGCAUGCAGACAACAUUAUUUAAAGAAAAUAUCGACUUAUGUAAAUAAUAUUGAUAUAGAUAUAAAACAUUUUAAUAUAGGUUUAGGUCAUAGUUAUUCUAGAUCUAAAUUAAAAUUAGAUCCAAGAAAACAAGAUAAAUCAAUAAUUAAUAGUAUAGGAACUAUAGAAUCUUUAGAUAAAAAUAUUAAUUUAUUUAGUAUGAGAGUUAUUGAAUGGUAUAGUUGGCAUUUUCCAGAAUUAAAAAAAAUUGUAACUGAUGUAUGCAUGUAUUGUAAAUUAGUUAAUCUUAUUCAAAUAAAAGAAAAGUUUGAUUUCGAUACAUAUGAAGAUAAAAUAAAUGAUAUAACACAAAAUGAAGAUAUGACAAAAAAUAUCUGUAAAGUUGCUAAUCUUUCUAUAGGGCAAGAAUUAACAGAAGAAGAUUUAACAAAUAUUCUUAACUUUUCUAAUGAAGUUAUUAAUUUAUCUAAUACAAGAAAUAUUCUAUGGAACUAUCUAGAUAAUAAACUUAAUAUUGUAUCACCUAAUCUUAAAGAAUUAUUAGGAAAUACAUUAAGUGCUCGUUUAAUUAGUCAUGCAGGCUCAUUAGUAAAUCUAGCAAAAUGCCCAUCAAGUAGUAUACAAAUUUUUGGUUCAGAAAAAGCAUUAUUUAAUUCCUUAAAAGGAAAUAAAAAAACACCAAAGUAUGGAAUCUUAUAUAACUCUUCAUAUAUAUCGAAAACACCAAUUCAACUUAAAGGUCGAAUGUCAAGAUACUUAUCUUGUAAAAGUGCGAUGGCAGCAAGAAUCGAUUCAUUUUCUGAUUAUCCCACCAACUCAUAUGGACUUAUUUUCAAAAAACAACUAGAACAUAAAAUUCAACACAUGGUUAAGGGUGUCAAACUCUCCAAAAAUAUAGACUAUAUUAACGAGGCAGAGCAAAUAUAUCGUAAUGAAUUGAAGUCCUUUCAUAAAGACGGAAAGAUAAACAAAGACCUAAAAAACGACGAGAAAAAAAAAAAAAAUAAAAAUAAAAAAAAUAAAAAUAAACGAAAACAUGAUGAAGACCAACACAGUGAACACAGUCACCAAGAUCAAGAUGAACAAGAGGAAAAGGAAAAGGAAAAAAAAAAAAAAAAAAGAAAAAAGGACAAAAAAAAAAAAAAAAAAGAUAAAGAAAGAGAAAAAAGGGAAAAUAAUGAAGCACAAAAUGAAGAUGAUCAAAUCAAUGAUGAUCUAAACGGGGACGUUAACGAAGAAUUAAAUGAUGAUGUAGAUGGAAUGACAGAACAUAUAGAAGUUCAAGACGAGGAAGAUAAUGAAAGGGAUGUACAUGAUCCAGAACAAAAUGCUGAUGAAAAUCAGGAAGAUGUAGAUCAACAACAAGACUCCAAUGAAAAUGAGGAGGACGAAGAUCAAGAAGAAAAUGAUAAUGAUGAUUAA